AUUAUAAGAAAGAAUAAAUUUUCGGCGGUCAUAUCAUAUGUUUCUUCAGAUUCCACGCCGAUCUUUCCUCUCCGUGUUCUUUUUAUUUUAUCAAAAUUGAUUCCCUUUUCCCCUGUAUUAUUUUUUUAAUCACCUCUGCAUGUACGGAUUAUUAUGUAAAGCAAAAAUUUACCUCUAUUGAAGUCCAUUCGACUCUUUAUCACCAAAAAAAAAAAAAUAAAAAAAUAAAAAAAAGAUUCAAUUUUUGUUGAUCAUUUGCUUCCUUUUUCACUUGGGAAUUCUUGAAACUAGUCAUUUUUCUACUUGAUAAACUUUCUUGGUUCUUUUUUCUAUACAUUUUUGAAGCCUUUGGGGUGUUUAAAGAUAGAGUUUUGUUGUGAUUAUUGGAGGAGUUUUGAGGAAUUUGGAGGUGUGAUGGAUAGGAUGUAUAAUGGUGGUGGAGAUGGUUAUGAAAAUGGAGUGGUGAUGACAAGGGACCCAAAGCCAAGAUUAAGGUGGACUGCUGAUUUACAUGAUCGUUUUGUUGAUGCUGUCACUAAGCUUGGUGGACCUGAUAAAGCAACUCCCAAGUCAGUACUAAGGUUAAUGGGAUUGAAGGGCUUGACACUCUAUCAUCUCAAGAGUCAUUUGCAGAAGUAUAGACUUGGACAGCAGGCAAAGAAACAAAAUGCAGCAGAACAAAACAGAGAGAAUAUUGCAGCGGAGUCCUUCGGACAAUUCAGUUUGCAUUCCUCAGGACCGAGUAUCACUUCAUCAAGCAUGAAUGGUAUGCAAGGAGAAGCUCCAAUCAGUGAGCAACUGAGGUGUCAGUUUGAAGUCCAGAAAAGAUUACAGAAGCAGCUUGAGGUUCAACAGAAACUACAAAUGAGAAUAGAGGCUCAGGGCAAGUACUUGCAGGCAAUAUUGGAUAAAGCUCAGAAGAGCCUGUCUAUCGAUAUGACCUCUCCUCGUGCUGUAGAUGAAACCAAAGCUCAGCUUACAGAUUUCAAUACAGCUCUGUCAAAUUUAAUGGAUUACAUGCACGGAGUCAACCGGGAUGAAACUGCUGCAGGUAAAAGGACACAAGAUGAUAGUAAUGACGAUCAACAAACGUCUACAUACUUAAUGAAGGAAGAACAAAACAACAAUAUGAAUAUUAAGGUUGAAGAAACUUCCGUUAGCUUCGAUUUGAACUCCAGAAGUAGCUAUGACUUUAUUGUCAUGAAUUCAGAUUCACUGGAAGCUAAGCCAUUUCCAAAUGGAAGAUUAGAAAUAUAAUGUCUUAGUUAUUUGACUCUAAAAAGUAGUAGGAACCAAAAAUAACUUGUUACAUGAAGCUCCCAUAUUUUAUUUGUCAAUGUAAUUAUCUCAUUUAUGGUA